CUGGAGAGAGAGAGAGAGAGAGAGAGCGGACUGCACCAAAACCAAGGUCCGGAUUUGAGCCCGGGUGACGUCACGGGGAUCCACAGACCUCUUUGACAGGAUCCAGCGAGCACAGAGGGGGAGAGUGAGGAGACCUAAGACCGGUAUCAUAUCACCGGGUUGUAUCGACUCACUUUAAACGCUGUGGUUGCGUUUAAAGUCAAAAUCCAGGCUGCGAUCGGGGGGUGGACUUUGGCGCAACAUGAGUGCGCUCGUUUGUUUUUAAAGGGAAUCCCGCCCCCCCCCCCCCCUCCCCGGUGGAUCCAAGCUCCACCGUUGACCGGCUUGGAUAAACAACCAGCGGACAACUACUAAUCCCCGGGACGCACACAUUCACGGUGCGGGGGGCUCGGUCCCGGUGAGAAAUGGACAAGGCAGCACCAGCUGGAUUAAAUGGUCCGAAAUAAGCAAGCGGGGACGAAGUCGACCCUGAGUGUCCAUAUGGUCUUUAUGGUUGUUGUUCAUAUUUGACUGGAGAUGGGGGCUUUUGCUAGCAGACAAAACAUAGGCGUGGAAGAAGUGGACAUUCCGUCCAAUUCCGUGUACCGUUACCCACCGAAAUCUGGAAGUUACUUUGCCAGCCAUUUCAUCAUGGGUGGGGAGAAAUUUGACUCAACCCACCCGGAAGGGUACCUGUUUGGGGAAAACACGGACCUCAACUUCCUCGGCACCAGACCAGUAGCGUUCCCAUAUGCAGCCCCUCCGCCUCAGGAACCGGUGAAGACGUUACGAAGCCUUAUAAACAUCCGCAAGGACACACUGCGGCUUGUACGGUGCAGCGAGGACCUGAAGCUACCCGGCGACGACGCGGCGGGCAAACAAAGGGCCUGCUACAACGUGGAAUUCACCUUCGACUCGGACACCCAGGUGGCCAUCACCAUCUACUACCAGGCCGUGGAGGAGUUCCACAACGGAGUGCCGGUCUACCUGCCCCAGGACAGCUCCCUGCAGUCGGAGACGGUGCACUUCAAACGGGGCGUCAGCCAGCAGUUCUGCCUGCCGUCACACACCGUCAACCUCAGCGAGUGGGCCGACGAGGAGCUGCUCUUCGACAUGGACAAGGAGGUUUUCCCCAUGGUGGUGCAGGCCGUGGUGGACGAGGGCGACGAACAUUUGGGCCACUCUCACAUUCUGCUGGCCACGUUUGAGAAGCACAUGGACGGCAGCUACUGCGUGAAGCCUCUGAAGCAGAAACAAGUGGUGGACGGUGUGAGUUACCUCCUGCAGGAGAUCUACGGCAUCGAGAACAAGUACAACAGCCAAGAAUCAAAGGUGGCCGACGACGAGAUCAGCGACAACAGCGCCGAGUGCGUGGUGUGUUUGUCGGACGUGCGCGACACGCUCAUCCUGCCGUGCAGACACCUGUGUCUCUGCAACGCCUGCGCCGACACGCUGCGCUACCAGGCCAACUGCUGCCCCAUCUGCAGGCUGCCCUUCAGAGCUCUGCUGCAGAUCCGAGCCAUGAGGAAGAAACUCAGCCCCUUGACGCCGACCACCUUUAACCCCGUCAUCACCUCACAGACGUCGGACUCGGAGGAGCACUCGGCGUCCGAGCACAUCCCGCCGGGCUACGAGGCCGUGUCCCUGCUGGAGGCGCUCAACGGUCCGCUCGCCACCUCCUCCGUGGCGCCGCCCCUCCACUCCGGCCCCAGCCACGUGUCGGGAGCGCUGCCGCCUUACAGUAAUAAUGAAGCCCACCCGGCACCCGCCCGCUCCGUCUCCCCUCUGGAUCACUCCAACUCGAGUCAGGGAAUCAAACUCAAGAAAAGCGGCUCCAAGUCCCUUUCCCAGAAUUCCUCAGUGCUUCCCGAGGAGGAGGACGAGAAGUCUUGCAGCGAACUGGACCCUUGCCGCCACAAACUUGCCGUGGACGCGCAGGAAUGCGGCGUCACCCCAGACAGCGAAAACCUGACGCUCUCCUCGUCUGGAGCCAUCGACCAGUCGCCGUGCACUGGAACUCCGCUGUCCUCCACUAUCACGUCCCCCGAAGACCCAGUGAGCAGCAGCCUGGCCCAGUCAGUGAUGUCCAUGGCGUCGUCCCACUCGCAGCACUCCCACAUCAGCACUGACACCAUGUCCUCCAUGUCAGGGUCCUACCUGGCCGGGGCGGAAGCCGAGCCCGGGGGCGGCCAGGGGGCUGACGCGGAGGACGGCGAGGAGGAGAACCGGGACGCCCCCAUGGAGAGCCGAGGACCCUCGCAGCUGGAAGGGGAGCCCACGGAUCUGAACUACUCCGUGGUUGUGGAGGAGCAGGACUCGGAGGGGAAUGAUGUCACAGAAGAGGACCGCUCCUCCUCGUCUAACGGCAAAGGUGGGCGGAGCAGGUGUCCCGAGUUGGCCAAUAACAAUCAGGGCCUGUGUGACACGCCCUCUUUGGGCUUGGACAAUGAGCAGGCCCCCGACAGCCGAUUCGCCGGUCUGAUGUACCUGGGGGGCUACAGGCCCGUUCUGGAGCCGCCCCACCACCACAACAACCACCACCACCACCACACCUCCACCAGCACUCGGGAGGAACAUGGGGUCGAAAACCAGGAGAGUCCCAAACAGCCCCGCCGCGGACCCCUCAUUGUGUAGCAAUUGCGCAAACACACACACACACACAAAAAAUCGUACAAGCACUUCUUAUGAAUCAGUGCUGCAUCGCUGGAUAUGGCUGAACAGGGAACCUACGCCCCCCCGCCUCCUCACCUUCUACUCCACGUUUUCACCACGUUUUCACCUUGGAGACUUUUAUAUAUACUGUAUAUUUUUUUCUUUUUCCCGGUUUUUAUUUAUUACCGUGACAUGAUUACCUAUUAGGUUGAACUAACGCUCCUUCAAUACUACCAGCCAAUCAGUCAGGGGCUACUGUGAUCUGCAAUCACAUUUAUUAUUAGCAUUAUUAAUAAUAAUUCUCCUCUCUGGCGCAUGCGUUCUUCUCUCGACUCAAGACGACCUCUGCUGAAUGUGAAGCAGAAGCAGAGACUUUGGACAUUAAAGAGAAUGUAGGACCAUUGGCUCCCAGAAGGGGGCGCCAUCGUGUUAACUGGAACCCCAUCCAACAAAGCAUGUCAGUAUUAUUAUUAUAUUUGCAGCAAUAUACACCGCUCCCUUUUGUGCUUCGACACAGUUAGACCAUGGGGUGUCCAAAGUGCGGCCCCGGCAUAUGGUAAAAAUGAAAACAAGUGUGACGCUAAUUUGCCUCGUCGCCACCGUUCUUCAGAUAGAUUAGCAUAUAUCGACCUAUAUUGGAUCUUUUUAGGAUCUUCAUGUGCCCCCCCCACACCCCCAAAGGACACCCCUACAUUUUGCCAUUGUAAAAGGGACAUUUAGCUUAAAUACCGGAUUUUUUUUUUUUUUUUAUUUAACCUCUCAGUGUUGUCAGUUUUUGUGUUUUUAUUUUUUUUUGCAAAGCACUGUGUCGUGAAUGUGGAUGAAAACAUUAAUUUGUAAAGGUUUACACACACACACACACAAAUACACGUGCACACACACGUGCGCUGACACAGCAAAAGGGACAUUGACGCACUAUUAGCCAUUUCCGAGACAACACACAAAGCAUGACAAAUCCGAACCCGCCAAUGGCGCAAUCUCAUCAUCUCCCGUAUGUGUUGGGCUUCAGUCACAUGAUCAAAGUCACAUGAUCACAGUCUGAAUGUGUAGAUGGUUAUUAAAAGCAGUGGAAUAGAUAAGAAGACACUUUUUUUUGUAGGAUUGUAGGUGGGAAAAUCUCAACGAGAACAUGAGCUGGACAAUAAAGUUUUGUUUUUUUUGCAA